GGAAACGCCCGGCUUCCCCCGGCUUCCCGGCCCGGCCGGGGCCCCCAGCUCUCCCCCUGUCUGGGUCCCCCCUGGGCGGGGCAGGGCCGGCCGGGGAGGGGGCGCGGGGCCUUUGUUAGGGAGCCAGGCCCCAGCCCCCGGGACAAUAGAGACACCCUCCCGGACUCCUCUCCCCGGCCGGCUGGGGCUGUCGGCGGGCGGGGAAGGAGAGGGGCCGGGACGCGUCCCACUCUGCCCACUCUCUAGGGGUCGGUCUGUCCCGGACCGGCGCCGGCCUCGGGCGGCUCGGCUCUCCUCCCCCCAGUCGGUAUGAUGCAGCAGCAGUGCCGCAGGGACGGGGGAAGAGCCGAGGCCCGGCCUCCUACCCUCCCCAGUGCCCCUGGCUCAUUUGUCAGUCCCCACCCCACUCUAGGCCGGCAGCUCCUUAAACUCGUACCCACCGUUCAGAGGGGCCCCGGACUGUGGGCGCUGUUUCUGAAUCCUUUGGUGGGGAUUCCUGGACUUUGGGGCUCUUGGAGAGACUUCCGGGCUGGUCCUGAGGGAGGGAGGGUGGUUAUCUAAAAGAAGAGCAGGUAAGGGGAGUGCCCACUCCUGGCAUGCCAUCCCAACCGGGCUCUACCCCCUCUUCUUGCUCAUGGGGGCUAGAAAUGCUCCUUCGGCUCUAGGUUUCUGUGGGCUCUGCUCCCCUUCCGUGGUCACAGGCUUAUUUCAAGGGAAGACAGAGUGGGGUGAAGGUUGUAGGGUUCUAGGGCCGUUCCUACUUCUGGUAGCAGUACCCCCCCAAGUGGACAUCCUGGCUGAAAGCAGAGCCGUGUUGCCGCCCGCUGUGCUAUGAGCAGUCAGAGCGCCGUCUCCACAAGAGUUUACAAAUGAAAAUGGAGGAAAUGUCUUUGUCUGGCCUGGAUAACAGCAAACUAGAGGCCAUCGCUCAGGAGAUAUACGCGGACCUGGUCGAGGAUUCUUGUUUGGGAUUCUGCUUUGAGGUACACCGGGCUGUCAAGUGUGGCUACUUCUUCCUGGACGACACGGACCCUGAUAGCAUGAAGGAUUUUGAGAUCGUGGACCAGCCGGGGUUGGACAUCUUUGGACAGGUUUUCAACCAGUGGAAGAGCAAGGAGUGUGUUUGCCCCAAUUGCAGCCGCAGCAUUGCCGCCUCCCGCUUUGCUCCACAUCUGGAGAAGUGCCUGGGAAUGGGCCGGAACAGCAGCCGGAUCGCCAACCGCCGGAUUGCCAACAGCAACAAUAUGAACAAGUCGGAGAGUGACCAAGAGGAUAACGACGACAUCAAUGACAACGACUGGUCGUACGGCUCAGAGAAGAAAGCCAAGAAGAGGAAAUCAGACAAGAACCCCAAUUCCCCUCGAAGAUCCAAGUCUUUAAAACACAAAAAUGGGUUCUCUGUCUGUACCUCUGCAUCAAACACCCUUCCCCUUCUUUUUUCUUCUUCAGGGGAACUUAGCAAUUCGGAUCCUUUUAAGUAUAACAACUCAACUGGGAUCAGCUACGAGACCCUGGGGCCGGAGGAGCUGCGUAGCCUGCUCACCACGCAAUGUGGGGUGAUUUCUGAACACACCAAGAAGAUGUGCACAAGGUCCCUGCGCUGCCCCCAGCACACAGAUGAGCAGCGGCGAGCCGUGCGGAUUUACUUCCUCGGACCCUCAGCCGUCCUUCCAGAGGUCGAGAGUUCCCUGGAUAACGACAGCUUUGACAUGACUGACAGCCAGGCCCUGAUCAGCCGGCUUCAGUGGGACGGCUCCUCUGAUCUCUCACCCUCUGAUUCGGGCUCCUCCAAGACGAGUGAGAAUCAGGGAUGGGGUCUAGGUACCAACAGCUCAGAGUCACGGAAAACCAAGAAAAAGAAAUCCCAUCUGAGCCUGGUAGGGACUGCCUCCAGCCUAGGCUCCAACAAGAAGAAGAAGCCAAAGCCACCGGCACCCCCAACGCCCAGCAUCUACGAUGACAUCAACUGACUUGGGUGCAAGGGAUAGCCUUUGGCUGAGCAGAGCCCUCUCUCCCAACCCCCACCCAGGUGGCGAAGCCUGGCAAAUGGACGGCUGCUGGGGGUUUGGGCUUGGGAAGCUUGGUGGGCCAGGCAAGCAGAGGAUCCAGUUAUGCGCCCCUGGGGGGUGUCAGGGUCCUCUGCGAUGGAGCACGACCCCUUGGCAUGCAGGACUCAGACCUGGACAUAUUAUGCCUUGGACAUAAGUUUGGUGGGGAGGCGGUUUUCCUAUUUAUUCUGUGAGUUACUGGAUGUCCAGCUAGGCCAGGGGCCUGACCUGGGCACUGUGCCAGGGCACUGCCUGCCCCCCACCCCAGGAACUGGACUCAGCCCUGCCGAGGAGCAUCGCGGCUACCCGGGAGGCUGUGGGCUGGAAGCUGAGCCUGGAGGGGGCCUCCCCCAGCUGCCCUCAGCAAUGUGAAUGGGUCCGGUGCUUGGAGCUGAGGGGCAGGGCUGGGCGUGUCCUGUCUGUGUGCAGAAUCCUAUCAAAUGCCCCCAAUCCCAGGGGUAGGCAGGCACAGCAAGCUGUCUGCUGAGGUGGGUGUCCAGAACUGCCACCGCCUUCCCUGCCCCUCACAGGGGCAGCCCUUUCCCCUCAGUCCCCAUGGGCCUCCUUGGCAGCAGGAGCUGUCCUUUUGUUGUUGGGUGCCAGGAAAGGGCCUCCAGCCUCUACAGCUUCACGGAAUGGGCAAGGGGAGGGUAGGAAGAGGGAGCUGUGUAUCAAAAUGACUCCCCCCUACCUUUCCUCCCUGACCCAGGGCUGGUGAGGAGUGGGGCCCCAAGGUGAGAGGGAACGGUGCUGCUUUAUUUGAAAUGUUUUCUUACCUCAUUCCCUGCCCCAGGAAGGGGCCCAGCCUCACCCUCCUGGGGUGGCCCCAUGUUCCUCCUGCCUCCCCUGCCCCACUGCCCUAGCAGGGCAGCCCAAGUUCCCGACUGCUGCUUGCUACCCCCCUCUUUCACCUUGACCAGCUUCAGUUCCUCUCUCAAUGCUCCUGCCUCCGAAGCCUGCCCUGUUUCCCCUUCCUUAGCCGCUUUUAAGUUAUUUAUUCUGUACUUGUGGUUUGGGGCUCUGAGGAAAAUCCUGACCUUUUACCUCUCCCCCCUUGCUAGGAGUGGGGUGGGAAGAGGCUAGUCUCCGUGCUCUGGGUCGUCAGUGGAGGGGGAAGGGGUGUCAUGCCCUCCGGUGGGACUACCCUGCCAGCGCGGCCACCUGCCUGGUCUACAUCCUGAAGAGAUACACCAUCCCGCCUCCACGUGGGCGCCAUCACUCCCAGGAGCCGAGCUGGAGGACUGCAGUCUGGGCUGGGAGCAGAGCUGACUGAUGACACGGCACGGAGUUGACCCUGAGCUGUGUUCUCUGGCAUUUGCUGGAUGUGUCCCCUGCCCUCUUCCCAGGAGGAGCCAUCCCACAUUUGGGUAGCUAGUACCCAGGACUGGUUGGACUGAUUUGGGUUAGGGACCCUAGAGGGUUAAGGGAACAACAAGAGCUAGGGCUGCAGUACCCUGUCUGGAACCCCAAUCUCCCCUCCCCCCCCCCCCCCGGGGUGGUUCUGAUUGUGGCCGACGCCUGGUUACAAAUUGGUUUUUAACCCACGAAUUGUGAUUAUUUUUUAAAAAGCCAAACAAAUUUUGGCAGGAGUUAGAAUAAAUCCUAGGGCCUGGGCUCCUCUGUUCUUGACCCUCUGUAGCCUUCUCCCUCUAAGGGGAAGCCAGAGGGGAAGGAGGAUUUCAGCCAGCCUCCAGCCUGCUUCCAAGUGAAGUCUUGGGAGUGGGUUGAAGGUGAAGGGAGGAAGGCCACAGGCCACUCUCCCUUCUGAGAGGCAGCUGCAGCUCAGGCCCUACCAUACCCUUUCCCCUCUGGCCUCUCCCUUUCCCCCUUCUGGUUGGAGGAGGGAGAAGUGGGAAGUAGUUUGGGAACUGGUUUGUCCACAUCCACUUCCCCAUUGUUCCUUGGCCCGCCCUCAGGGCAGAGCCCCCUGCCCAAGCUGGGUAAGAGAUGGGCUUGGUCCAGCAGGGACCCUGAGGGAGCAAACCCUUUUCCUUCCGGGGAGAGUGUGCCCCCCCUACCAUGUAGUUGAACAGGGGCUAGGAGCUCCCCACUCCCCUCCCUCUAACAGCAGGCUGUGUGGGUUUCAAUUCCCAUCCUUCCCACCCCGGCUAGGUGUCGUCCACCCUGUAUCCUAUCAUGUGUCUGAGUGUGUGUGGGGGGGGUUCUGUACUAAUUUCCAUGGCCGGUGGCUUUUCCUUCCAUGCAUCACUCCCCCCCGCAUGCCCAGGGGCCACCCGCCUGGCAUUACCGCAUGCUGGGGUCAUUGGGGGAGGGGGGUGGGGCUCACGCUGUCCUGUGGUCUUGAGAUUUUUAUUUUUGCAUAUGUAAUCCAUCCUGUACAGGUAGCUAACUUUGUAAACGCUGUGUAUUUCCCCCGCCCCCAUGGCUGCUGGUGUAAAUAAACUGCAUUUCCCAUUGGUA